AUGGUUGAUACACAGCCAGCACCAAUACUAACAUGAAAAGGUGAUUGUGGUCUUUAUCCUAAUGAUGAUAAGUGUGUUGCGUAUACAUAUGGAUCUGAUCCAAUUCAAGUUAUUGACUGUCAUCUUCCAAAAGGUCCCUAUGCUCCUAUUGUAGUACUUCUCAUUCACGGUGGUUUCUGGUGCGGUAAAUUCAACCGUUCAAUUGAAGACGCCGUAGGCAAUGAUCUUCUUCGUUUUAAAAUUGUUGUGUGUAAUUUGGACUAUCGUUCUAUUGGAAACGGAGGUGAUUAUCCGAAUACAUUCUAUGAUGUUGCCAAUGGUACUGAUCUUAUUCGAACAAUUGCUCAGGAACAUGGCUUCAACAGUAAUCGAGUGAUUGUCGUCGGUCACUCAGCUGGUGGACAAUUGGGAGGCUAUAUUACAGGACGCUUUCGACUAAUGCCAAAUCAACCUGGAUAUAGCACGAAUCCUCUUCGUCCUAUAGCUUUUGUCAGUCAAGCGGGCCUGAAUAAUAUGUGGGAUGCUUGCGAUCAGGCUAACGAAACAGGUUCUGGUGCAGCAAUCUCAUUUCUUGGUGGAACGUAUCAAAUGUAUCCAGAACGAUAUGUGUUAUCAUCAUUGGCGGCUUCCAGCAAUCUUUCAGUCAAAGCACAAUAUCCAAGUCAAUACCUGCCAUUAGAAGUGCCAAUACAAGCUAUAACAGGAGCAGUAGAUAUCACUGUACCUAUUAGUCAAACAAUAACUUUUGCUGAACAAGCCAGAAAUGCUGGUGAUAACUGUACCAGAGUGAUUGUUGAAGCUACUGGAUGGUAUUACAAAAUUUUAGCGUCCGUUGAUCGAUAUUUUGCUAGUUCUCGCAAUGCUCUUCGUCGUCAAUGGAGUUCACCUAAGAUUGCUAUGCGAUUUAUUAUCGUUAAUAUUUUCUUCUGGUGUUUGAUAUAUAUCCAUAUUGUUGUUUUCUAUAAAAAUUAUCCAAAUAAUUAUUUACCUCAAAAAAAGGUACUUAUGGCACGUUUUUUAGUAUUUAUAUGUUAA